GGGCGGAGGAGCGGCCGCAGGGGGCGGGCGGAGCGGCCGCGGAGCCGGGCGCUUCCCCGGGCGCUUCCCGGCGCGGGCAGCGGGGGCAGGGCCAGGCCGGGCCGGGCCCCCGUUAUUAGCCGCGGCCGCCGGCGGAGCCGCCCCAGAGCCUCGCCGCCCGGUACCCGCCGCCAUGCAGCGGCGCCGCGCCUCGCCGCCGCCCGCCGCCCUGCUGCUGCUCUGCCUCGGCGCGCUGCUGCCGCCGCUGCCGCCGCCCGCCGCCGCCGAGCAGCCCCCGGAGCCGCCGGCGCAGCCCCCCGAGCCGCCGGCGGGCGCCGCGCGGGAGCUUCCCCCCGGCGGGCGCCUGGCGGCGGCGGCGGCGCGGGCGGCGCUGCACUACCGCAACAGCCGCGCCGGCUCGCCCGCCGCGCUGCGGGCGCUGCGCCAGGUGCGCAAGGCCACGCUCAAGAGCAUCCCAGGAGUUGGUCAUAAAUAUUACCUGCAGUUCACUACUGAAGACUACAGAAGCAGGCAAAAUAUUGGGAACUGCCUUGCUACAGUGUUCUAUCAGAAGAAAAAAUCUCCACCUGCUGUCACUAUCAGCUGUGUAGAUACCAAAGAUGAGAAGCAAAUCCAAGAAGAGGACAACAAAUUUUACCAAAAAAUUAAGCAACAAACCAAACCAAUAAUUGCAAAUGAUAUUCCAGACAGCUAUGGAAAUAUUGAACCUGCCCUUGAGCCAGUGUGGGCUUUGGCUGUUGUUGGCAGCAGUUACAUAAUGUGGGAAAAAUCAACAGAGAACUUGAGUUACUCCAUGGCACAAGUCAAGUCUGUGAAGCAGUGGAUAAGGAAAGAUGAUUCUACUGAGUUUGACUACACUGUCUUACUUCAUGAAAUGCCAACACAGGAAAUGAUUUCAUGCCACAUGCGUGUCAUUUGGCUUCCUGGUCACCCUCUGAAAGUGAAGUACUUCUGUGCUUCAGAGAAUCAGUGGUUUGAAGAGGCAUCUGGAAUGGAAUCUGGAUCAGCUGCUGGAAUUUUACAUGAAAAAGAAAAAAAUUUUUAAAAGAUUGUCAGCUUUGUACAAACGUAUUAAAUGGGAAAACCCUUGAGUUAAUAAAUCCAGAGUUUUGAUAAUUUUUCUAUACAAGUCGCCCUUCAGUGACUUUAAAUGCUUUCACUAGUCUGUUUUGUUCCAGAAUGAAUCUCUGUAAUUUCUUAAAUGGUAAAAACUCACAUGUUCUAGAGAUCUACCUAAAAAACUUUGCUACUAUAUACAUACAUAGAUAUACAGUCACAUAAAAUCAGCCUGUGUAUAAGUUACUUACGGUAACAUAGUUUGUGAACAAAGUUAAUAUAUUUGGAUAAAAAUCUUGAGAAAAAUAUUAAUCUGUCACUACGAGAAAUACUUGUCUACUUUUUUUUAAUUUUUGGAUAGAUAUAGUAUUUGCUAAUUUUUAACUUAAAUCUCCAAUAAAACAAAUACCAUUACA